AUGUUUCUGCUCCGCGCUGCCUUGGGUCUUAGCAAGGGUUGUCUUUAUUACACGUUACCCGAAGAUCAAAGUUUAUACAUGUUUGAUGUAGAGGACAAAUGCACUACCACUAUCUUGCCUUGUUCCAACUUGCCAACACCAUGCUAUUCCUCGCAGUGGAUAAUGAUGCCUUUACCAACAUUCAGUGUCGCUGUUGAAGGAAGAAUUGUAGAAAAUAUGUCAAGCAAAGUAAGACAAGACGAUUACACAGUAAAGGCGAAGAAAACUGAAGAAUUAAUCAUCAAAGAUGACAACGAGAAUCCAAGGAAAAGACAAAAGAAGGAAAUUCUACAAGAACCACGUUGGGGCGUUAUUCAUGUGGACAUUGUGGAGUCGAUUGCAAGUCAUCUUCAUCCCGUGGAUGUCUUACAUUACCGUGCAGUCUGUAAAGCAAAUAAGGUUCCGAUAAUGAAGAAGAUUUCCGGGGCAAUUAGAAGCACAGAUUUAACUCCAUGGCUGUUGUAUUCAACAGAGAAUUCCACUCAGUACAAUUUUGUAGAUCCCAUGCAUAAUAACGAGAAGUACCUCAUGAAGCUCCCUGAAUUGCUAGAAGGUGCAUCCAUUCGCUGUCAAAAGGGUGGUUGGCUAUUGAUGUCAAAAGGUAGGUUUACCUUAUUCUUCUACAAUCCCUUUACAAAGGAGACCAUUCACCUUCCGGGGUUGUCACCUGGUUAUGAGUUUGCUGGUGUUACAUUCUCCUCUUUACCAACUUGCUCAGACUGUGUAGUUAUUGGCAUUAAUCAACAAAAUGAAGAAGACAUUUCCAUUUGCAUUAUUCAAAGGGGAGCUAACACUUGGAUAUUUAGAUCAUUUCAAAAUAGUAAUUUGGAGAAGUACAUGCCAACUUUUAUCGCACCAGUUAUUGACAAGGGACAUUUUUUUUGCGCCGAUUUUAAUGGAACCUUGGGAGAUAUGCAUGGUGGUGAUUUUGAAGUUGUGGAAAGGCCUCCUGGACACUCUAAUGCUGCAUAUGUUAGUUUCUUGGUAAAAUGUGAAACCGAGCUUUUGAUGGUGCAAAUGCUUGGGAUGUCUGUUACAAUAUAUAGGUUAGAUAGCUUAAAUAUGGUCUGGCAGAAAGUUGAGAGUUUGGGCAAGCAUAUGCUGUUUAUCAGUUUUACAUCAUGUCUCUCAGCUGUUGCCCCCGAAAAGUUGCAUGGAGAACAAAGUCUAUUUCCCGAGAUUGCACGGCGACCGAAUUUUAUACUACUCGCUUGA